GGGGAGGGGCGGAGGUGGGGUGCUAGCUCUGAAUGGCCAUAAGGUCACGCUCCUCCCCCCCACCUCACUUGCCAAUAGGAGCCGGGUCCGCUGUGCACAUGCGCAGGAUCCUAACGUACCCUCCAUCACGGCUGUUGGUCUCUUUUGUUGGCUACAAGAAGACACCCAGUACAACAAUGCCAUCCCCACUGGGCCCCCCACGCCUGCCCUCUGUGGACCCUGUGGCCACUCUGGAGGAGCCCGAGGCAGCACGCCUGCGUUUCCGGGGAUUCUGCUACCAGGAGGUGGCAGGUCCCCGUGAGGCCCUGGCGCGGCUGCGAGAACUGUGCCGCCAGUGGCUGCGGCCGGAGGCAUGCUCCAAGGAGCAGAUGCUGGAGCUGCUGGUGCUGGAGCAGUUCCUGGGCACGCUGCCCCCUGAGAUCCAGGCCUGGGUGCGGGGCCAGCGGCCAGGCAGCCCUGAGGAGGCUGUAGCCCUGGUCGAGGGCCUACAGCAUAACCCUGGGCAGCUGCUGGGCUGGAUCACAGCCCAUGUCUUGAAGCAAGUGGUGCUCCCAGCGGCACAGAAGAUAGAGGAGUCCUUGGGGAGACCCCAGCCUUCAGGGACAGUGGAACUUCUCAGGGCAACCUCUGGGGAGGAGCCACAGGACACCCAGAUGGAGGGGUCUCCCCAGCUCAGCUGCAGUGUGAAGGAGGAGCCUGAUGCUGAUGGGCAGGAGAUGGCACCUUCCAGCCCCCCACAUCCAUCCCAGUCCCGCGAGGGGUACCCAGGACACCGGGAACCAGCCGCCACCUCCUUCCACCCACCCAGGAUUCAGGAGGAGUGGGGGCUACUGGACCGGUCACAGAAGGAACUGUACUGGGACGCGAUGCUGGAGAAGUAUGGCACGGUGGUCUCCCUGGGGUUACCGGCCCCCUUGCCAGAGGCACGGGUUGAGUCGGAGCCAGGGGUACUGCGCUCGGGGACAGAGGGUCAAAGAAGCCUCCACCCGGGGCUACACCGGGAGCAGGGCUGGAGGCCGGCACGCCGCGGAGGAAGCCUUACACCUGUGAGCUGUGCGGCCGAGGCUUUGAUUGGAAAUCGGUGUUUGUCAUCCACCACCGGACGCAUGCGGAUGGGCAGGCCACGCGGGCCCCGGUGCUGGCUGUUGGGGAUGCUCAGAAGCUGCCACCAGGUUCCCGGGAGCCGGGCACACCACGCCACCCCCGGCGUGCACUCCCAGGCCCCCGGAGCUAUGCGUGUGAGGAAUGUGGGCGCAGCUUCAGCUGGAAGUCUCAAUUGGUCAUCCACCGCAAGAGCCACGCAGGCCAGCGGCGCCACUUCUGUGGCGACUGUGGCCGCAGCUUCGACUGGAAGUCCCAGCUGGUCAUCCACAGGAAGAGCCACCGGCCGGAGGCCCCAUGAGUGGCUCCAGAAGGCAGCCUCGUCUUGGGAGCCUUGCAGUCUCCAGGUCCUGGACACAGUUCCUGGCAAUCUGGUUCCAGCCUUCCUUGGGCUGCUUGGUCUCUGUGUGAGACAUGUGGAGGCAAUAGAGGACAUUCGUGAAUCAGAGUUCCCAGGAGAGUCCCCUGACCCCAGUUCAGUCUCCCCAAAACAGCCACCUGGGUGUAAGUAAAAGAAGCCACUGCUCCCUCAAUAGCCUAGCGAGGCCUGGGCUGCAAUAAACUGCCUAAGCUGAGUGACUUCCAAGCUCCGAGGUCCCCAGCUGUGACCUGAUGCAGAUGGACAGGUUAAGGACUCUCCUUACCCCUGGGACCUUGUUGGCCCCAGGUGGCUGAUCAAAAACUGCCCUUUCUACCCCUUCUGAAGCUGCUGGGCCUGAUGUCUUGGCGUAGACAGUCCAGAAAGCUCAGGAAAGCAUGCCUUGCUUCGUUUGCAGACAGAUGGAAAACUCAUGGCCCUCUACAUUUUAGAUUUGUAACAAAUUGCAUUUUUAUAAUGGGAAGUUUCUGCAUAAGAAUCCUGAUCUCUGCUUUCUUGCUGGCCAUAAUAUCAGCAAUGGCACUUCCCCUGCCUGGCAGCUGGAGCCACAGAGCAGGCCGUACUCACCAGAAGGGCCAGCAGUCCUGGUAUCCUGCCCCACCUUGUUCCUGAGCCACCCACAUCACUCCCUGGCCUCCUUGUCCUUGUCCUUUGAGCCCUUGAGUCCCAGCUUGAGUGGACACUACGGGGACCUCCUUUGCAAGUAUGGAUGGACAAGGAGGGUGGUCUCUGAGAAAAGGGUCCACAAACAGAUGUCCCAUAGGCCAUGUGAUUUUAAAGUAGUUGGUGUUCACUUAGAAAAAUUUGAAAUCUAUAAGAGGGCAAAGAUGAUGAAAAUGACCCCUAAUUCCACUGUCUGAUAGCAGUGCUUAUUCCAGGUGUUUGCAGGAGUGUUUUUGUUAAUGUUUAUUUAUAUUGAGAGAGAGCAAGUGAGCAGGGGAGGAGCAGAGAGAGGGAGAGAGCAGAUCCCAAGCAGGCUCUGCACUGUCCACACAGAGCCUGAUUUGGGGCUCGAACUCAGGAACUGUGAAAUCAUGACCUGAGCCAAAAUCAAGAGUCUGAUGCUCAAGUGACUGAGUCACCUGGGCACUCCAAGGGUGUUUGAUAAAGCUUCUUGUGGAGAUACUGUGUAUGUCAUGCUUUUCUAACUCCCUCAUUUCCCUGUCAUUAAAAACAUGUUUUUUAAUGCGUGGGUGAAAAUUCCCCGUCUGUCCAGCACUAUCAUUUCUACCAAGCCCAGAUAUUUCAUUUUCUGCCUCAUGGUGUCCAAUACUGUGAUGCACACUCCUGAGCAUACACUUUGGAUGCAACUCUGGUUAUUUUCUUUUGUUUGUUUGUUUGUUGUUGUUGUUUUCUCUUUGUUUUUUGUUUUUUUUUAAGUAUGCCCAAUGUGGAGCUUGAACUAAUGACCCUGAGAUUAAGAGUUGUGCACUCUAGCAACUGAGACAGCCAGGCGCCCCAAUUCUGGUUAUUUCCUUAGAGUAAAUCUCUCAAAGUGGGAUUGUUGAGUUUUAGGAAACAUGGGAUUUUUGUUUCAUUUUGUUUUUCCCUUGAAACAACACUGGAUUCCUUGCCCCAAUUCCAAGUCCUCUCCUCCCCCCACAACACCAAGAAGUUCUCCAACAAAAAAUAUUUUUUAACUCUAAAUCAAUAAGAAAAUGACUAAAAACCUAUUAGAAAUGUGGAUAAAAGCUGUGAAUCAGUAAUUCACAUCAGAAAAAACUUGAUUGGACCAACAAACCAGAAAAGACAUACAUGCUCAGAAGUAAUCAGAGAAAUACCAGUGCUGAAAAGGCAGGGCCUGGCCUGCUGUGUUUAAUAACCUGCUCCUGGCAUUAUGCUUGGUAUUCGCAGCAUGGCCACUGUGAAUAAUUAAGAUACAAAUCUUAAAUAAUAUGAUGGGUUUCUCAGUCUUCAAAAUAGCAAAUAAGAACCCUGACAAUAACAAAUAUUGGUGAGGAAGCUCAGAACUGGAACCUGUAAAUAUGAUGAGCUAUCACUCUUGUCAUUGGGUUAAGUUGACCUUAAAAUACGGAAAUGAUUCCAGUAGGUGUGGCCUAAUCGCAUGAACCCUUUUAAAGCAUGGAGUUUUCUCUGGCUGGUGGCAGAAAAGAGUCCAAAAGAGUUGAAGCAUGAGAAGAAUUUGAUAUGCAUUGCUGGCUUUGAAGAUAGGGGAACAACAUUGUGGCCUCUAGAAGGUAAGAACAACCCCUGGCUAAACAGCCAGCAAAGAAACAGAGACCUCAGUCCUACAACCACAAGGAACUGCAGUCUGCCAACAACCUGAAUGAGUUUGGAAGCAGAUAAUUCCCAGGUCCUCCAGGUAAAAGCCUAGCCCAGGCAACAUCUUGAUUUCAGCUUUGUGAUACUCUGAGCAGAGAACGCAGCCACUAUCUCCCAGACUUCUGACUUAUAGAACUGUGAGCUAAUGAAUGGAUGUUGUUUUAAGCCACCAAGUUUGUGGCAAUUUGUUAAACAGCAUAGAAAACUAAUACAAUAAUGUAUAAUUAAUGGGUUUAGUACUGUUCAUAGCCAAAGGUAGAAAACGGGCCUGUAUCCAGUGAUGAAUGGAGCAUGGAGUGAAAUGGUGAUAGUGUUUUUCAAUAAAAUUUUUAAGACUAAGAAA